AUGACGAACACGGAAGAGUCGGCAAGAGCUCUAAAGAUUGAGCUGAGAGCUUUGCACGACGACAGUGGCCUCACAACUCGGAAGCUGAAGCUGCUUCCCAGCUCUUCCCUCCUCAUCGCACGCUCGUCACGGAGCAAUUCUAAGCAGCUUAUUGCCGCCGCCGACAACCUCGUCCUCGACAGUCCUAUCGUCUCCAGAGAGCACGCGCGUCUGACCACUGACUCGGACUGCACAACUCUCUUCAUCGAAGACCUCGGCUCCAUGCACGGCACCAGGGUGAACUACGUGCAACUCGGAAAGCACGUUGCCUACCAGCUGAAGUGUGGUGACAAGCUGCAGAUCGGCAACGAAGUCAUUCGCGGAGAAGAGAGCUUCUCUCCGCCGAGAUUCGACAUUUCCUACGAGCGCAUAGAGACAUCGCCAUACUCCCGACCAACCUCUAGAAAAUUCACUGUCCCAGAGUACGACUCUGAUGAAGACGACAUUUCCCACAACGAAGAGAGCGGUGGUGAAGACGGGGGUCAGGACUCGCAGUCGUCGCUUCUCGAUGAAUCUUUUCAUGCUGCUAUCAGCAUCGUGGAGCCUGAGCCACUGAAGCGUCUUGGAAGCCAGCAAAAUCCGGUCCAGAUCGUGGAUGAUACAGAGGUCAUCCACGACAGCAUCCUUAUCGUUGAUGACAAUGAUGAAGUUCGAGCCGAAGCCCAUCGUUCUGGUGACGCGGUAUCGGAUCAAGCCGAGCAUGGAACCACUGGGGUGGCUAGACGACGCCCUCCCAUUCUGAACUUGACUACAUCGCCUACUGCGGAGGAGUUCUCUUCCGUACCACUAGCAACUCCGAGUUUCGAACACCUCAACCACCUCACUCCUCUUACACCUCGCACAUAUGCGCUCAGUCCCAAAUACACGCCUGUCUCGCCCGGCUCGCCUAGCGAAGACUACAUGUACGACUCGGAGAGUGGUGAAACCGACUUUCACCCCGAAGUUGACCAGAACGACCUUGAAGAAGUGACCUCUCGAGCAAGCUCCGACGCUGGUCAUCUUGAGGAUCUGUUGUCGUCCUCUCUUCGUGGUACGCCGGCCGCGGAGGAUGACAUGCUCGACGGGCAUGAGGACGGUAGUCUCUUUGACACUGAUGAUGAAGAUGCAAUUGCUGCUGCUGAGACUGAGGCCGUCUGUCAGAAGUAUGACGGCGCAAACACGGAGCAGAUGCCACCACGGCUGAAAGUUAGUGAUGUGGCAGAUAGCUACAAGGAUCAACUUUCCGAGGAGCUCGGCACAAUGGACGACUGGACUGGGAUGCCUUUGCCGUCAACCUCGAAGCUGGUGGCGGGACAAGGACCACUGAAUCGGUCGUUUGAAAUGCCGUCUAACCCUCCGGCACAGACUCAUUCGUUCUAUGCCUCCUCCGGCCCACGUGUUUGCAACUUAUCCCGCAAUCCGCCGGCUCUCCACCCGGACACAUUCACGUUCCAAAGCCCAAACAGGGCGAACUAUGGACUUUUCCAGCCGCAUGCAUUCCCUGGUUCUGCAAACGUGUACGACACAUGGAACACGCACAACUUCAUGCCAAGAUAUGAGAGCGGGCCGUUCGCGCACGCUGCUCCGCUUCCGACUCCACUACAUGGCUUUGCUCACACCAAUGCAAAUUCUCGAUUCCAUCCAGGCCCUGAGAUCUCUCACCCCAAGCCCAGCAAGACGAAGACUGGGUUUUCUAUCCAGGAGAUAGUCGACAGCGCUUCAAGCGUAGAGGCUGGCCCACUUGCUGGAACGAAGAGGAAGGCAGAUGAGCUUGUUGGAGAGGAGUCCACCGCGUCUGUUCCAUCGAACUUCACUACUAUAGCUUCCGAGCGUCCCACGCUAGCUGAGCCCGAACAAGAGGCACCGGCGGCGGAGGCUGCAUUGAUUAACAAGGAUGCGGAGGUUCCGGUCGCAGCUCUUCCAACCCUGGCGGCGGUCUCGUCCGAGGUCGCAGUCGUCCAAGAGCGUCCCGCUAAGCGGAGCAGACUGAGCUAUGCGGCUACCGCCGUCGCUGGUGCAGUCGUUGGUAGCAUCGGUAUGUUCGCAGCACUUGCCUUGUCUCCCGAGCUCUAG